UCCAUCUCUUUUUCUCCUAGUUCGAGGAUUUGAGCGGGUUCAAGUUUGAACUUUGAUGGUUCCUUUGAGGUUAGAGGAACAAGAAGAAGACCGGCCGCCGGUGUUCUUUCCUGAUCGAAUCAUCGUCCCUCUGGUUUUCGCGGAAAUUUCUUUUUGGCGCUGGUACUUGAAUUAUAUGUGAAGCAGACCAAUACUUCCUCGCUCCCGAAGCGUGCGAAAAGGAGAAAAAAAAGUGCCAUGGAUGAUUUUUCGAGCUGCCCGUUCUGUAGCUUGAGCGUUCCUUACGGGGAACUUGAAAGGCAUGCGAACAGUCACUUUGAGGAUGAAGAAGCUGCCAAGGACAUGGAGUUGGCGCGGCGAAUUGCGAUCGCCCCUCCAAGUCCGCCUCUUACCAUGGCUGAUCAACUGGAAACAGACAAGUUGAAGGAAGUAAUCUGUCAUAAAGCUGCUGAAGUGGACGCAACAAGGUGUGAUGGAAGGACUCCCAGUGAUGUCGAGGAUGAGAUCUUCCAUCUAGUCAGUUUGCAAACGAUAAGUAGCUUCUACAAAAUUGAAGAUGGUUUAAUGGCCCUGUUAAAGAGAUGUCUCGAAUUAGAAGCUGAGCAGUCUACAUGUAUACUUUGUAGUUACCUUGAUCAUUUUCAGAGCACUAAAUCUGAGGAUGUUGGCUGGGGCUGUGGUUGGCGUAAUAUCCAAAUGCUCGGCUCUCACUUACUAGUGGAAAGGCAGGAAGCUAAAGAGGGGCUAUUUGGUGGUUCAGGAUUUGUUCCUGAUAUCGUGUCACUUCAGAGAUGGCUCGAGAUUGCUUGGAAAAGGGGCUUUGAUGAAGUUGGAUCAGAACACUUCAAUCAGAAAAUCUACGGUUCUAGCAGUUGGAUUGGAACUACUGAAUGUGCUGCUCUUUUUCGAUCUUUUGGGCUUCGGGCGAGGAUAGUGGAUUUUGGUCCCAAGAACCUUGAAUCACUCUUUCUUUCUAUUCCUGGUUCUAGAAUAGACUCACAAAGUGCAGGAGCAAGAGGAAAAGGGAAUGCAGUUCAUAUUCAUGGCCCGAUGGAUAGAUAUUUGGUUAAGAGGAAACAGAUCUCUCCUGAAGUUUGUUCCUCCAUUGGAUACACUGGCUGUUCUUACAUUCAGCCCGAUCAAGUUUUGGAUAGCAGUAAUGAGAAUCUGGGCAUAAGUUCUGCCAGAUCUAGUAAGGGUCAGGAGGUCCUUACUGAUUGGGUGUGGAGAUACUUUUCAGAUAAAAGCUUCAUAAAUAAUUGUUUCAGUCAUGUCUCGAUUAGCAGAAAGCCGCCUCUUUAUUUUCAACAUGAUGGACAUUCAAGAACAAUUGUUGGGAUUCAAGUCAUACAUCAACCAAAGGGGAUGCAGAAAUACAAUCUCUUAGUACUCGACCCUGCUCAUAGAACAGCUAUGCUGGAAAGAUCACUGAAAAGAAAUGCCGGGUGGCAGAAGCUUAUAAAAAGGGGCGUUCAUACUCUGAAGAAGCCGCAAUACCAGUUGUGUUAUAUCGAUCCUGGAAUUGCCAAGGGAGAAGAGUUGGAGCAGCUCAAAACAGUGGACAGUGUCUACAUCGAAAUCUAGAGAUGAAUAGAAAGUUGGUUUGCGCCUCUUUGAGGAAAUUAUGGAUCUGUCAGGAUCCAGGGGCUUAAGGCGGGGUGUCCGGUACAUAUAAGUAAACAAAAAGGAAGAAACUUUGCAUUGUAGUUUUCUUCCAAGGCGUGACGUUGGUGUCCCAAGCGUUUCUUAAAUGCACUCAACUUAUCAGCUCAGCAUAGGCUUCGGCAUGAAUGACCACGAACUGCUUUGCGACAUCACGUCGACCAUAGUAUAUGGACAAAGGAUGUGUGUUUGGUCCUAGUUUUGCGGCUCCCUCUCCCAAAAAAAUAAUAAAAUAAUAAUAGUAAUAAUUCGAAGCUUAGCAUGUGUUAUAACUCUACCACACUGAUUAGUGUCUAGAGUAUGGUCAUUCGUUUUAAUUUGGCAAGACUGGGAACGUACUUGGGGCCAAUGAAGUAAGAAUUAGUUCUUGCA